AUGACUAGGACAGAUCUUUACAGCUUGCAACAAUCAAUACUCAUCAAUAAAGCAAAUCAUUGCUCUCUAAGAACAAAAGUAGAUAUACGAAAGCAAGUGAAUUUUAAGCCAGUGCCAUUUGAGCCUUCAGAUUACUUACCCGAAUUUCAGAGCUAUAAUAAUUCAACUGUGGGUAUUUUGGAUAUGCAGAAAUCAAUUCUGCAUCUUCCACCAGUCAUAAGUCAAUCAUCAACUCCUAUUGUAGAUAAAUUACAGAAUAUCCAUAUCUAAGAAUUGUUUAAACGAAAGGAGAAAAAUGCAAAUAAAAGCAAUAAUUAAAAUACUUAGCUCAAAUAUUUCGAUGGCAAUUAAGGAUCAUUCGACAAUAGAGAAUAGCGAAGAAAUGCUAAUAAUCUCAGUAAUAACGUAAGCAAAAUAGGAGCAAAUCUCCCUAAUGGAACUGUUAAGAUUAAUAGAAAGAAGCUGCCAGCCAACAAGAUAAGUGACUUAUUAAAACUUAAAAAUCCAAAUGCCUCUUUGAUUCUUGACGAUUAGCUUUCUCGUGCCUAGAGGAGUAAGUAAUCUUCUAUGCUUGGUAAAUAUCAGACGCCAGUAAUGAAGAAAAAUGAUAAAGUAUUGAUAUUAAACGAUGUGAACAGAUCUACUAGUCCAGGAGAGAAUGAGGAAAAUUAUCCUAUUGUAGCUUAAUAAAGAGAUAUGUCAAAAACAUCAUCUCCUGGCUAAUUCAAAAAUUAUAUUAAUUUUACCUCCGCAAUAAAUAUAUAAGAACAGGAGUAAAAAAAUGCUUUCUCAUAAAUCAAAAUAAGAAGAUAAUAUUAGUUAGUACCUGGCAGAUUACCUGAAUACUCAUUUAAACCCUAGUCUGUAGCUCCUAUUGUGAAAGAACCACCUCAAAAAUAGUUAUCUUAGGAUGAAUAAUAGUAAUAAUAGCAAAAAUUAGACGAAAAGAAAGAGAUAAUGGAGUAGGAAAAGAGUUUGAUGUUUGUUAAGGUAUUUAAAAAAGUAAGACCAAUAAGAAUUAAACCUUAUAUGCAAUCAGUUUACAAGAUUCAAAGUUGUUAUCCAAAGCACUAGCCAUUUGCAGCAAAUUUUCUAGUUAUCAACUUCGACGGAGUUUUAGGUUAUUUAGAUGAUCAUAGCAGUAAAACUUAGGUUAAGAUAUUUUUAAGGCCUGGGUUUAUGACUUUUAUGGAAUAGAUAUCACAGAUGUUCAUUAUAAGCAUAGUAUUCCCGUUACAUUAUAAAAAGACUUACAUCAAACAAAUAAUCGAGUCAUUUAAAGACAAUAAUGUUGUGAUUUUCAAUGUAUAUAGAGAGAUUAAAAGGCCUAAAUUUUACACUAAUAUUUAUGAUUAUCAAAUUAUGUACGAUGACUUUUUUCUAUAUGAUCAAACUUUCAACGUUGAAAAUUGUAUAGUUGUCGGAUCAAUCAAUAAAUAAAUCUCAAGAGCUGAUGUUAGAAGGGAAUUCUUUUAAAAAGCAGAUAACCUUAAUUUAAUCAAUGGGCUUACAGCUAUCUCUAGAUAAAUGUAUUAAUGUCCAGUAUUUAUUCUCAUUCAAAACAUGAAGGUAGAGGCAGAUGAUGAAAGCCAAUCAGUAAGCUUGAGUUACCUGGCUCAAUCACUCUAAUACCUUAACGAAACCAAAAACUAAUUACUUGUUGAGAAGAAAAAGAAUUUUAAGCUUAAAAUAUCUCCAAUAGAAAAUGAAUAAGAGAAACAAAUGAUGAACAAUUCAUUUGAUUCAGAUAUGUACAGGCAAUUUAGUCAUACUUAUCAUACAAUGUUUGAUAAGCUAAAGCAGCAUUCUAUACAUGGACUUAAAGCAUUCGAUAUAAGGCAAGAAUACACUACAUUCGGCCGAGAUCUAGAUUUUUAUGAAAGUAGAAUCGGAAGAGUCAAGCGUAUUUACUAAAAGAACUGUCUAAGAGAUUAUCAGAGGACACCCUGUGAUAUCAAGCCUGUUUACCAGAAUGCUUAUAAUGAUACUAUUUCUUAACUUAAAAUAUCCAAUAUCAUUACUCAAGAAAACAGAGGAAUAUUUUUGAAAGCCUGGAAAGGAAGAAAUCAGCACUAUUUAAAUAGUCAUGAGGAUCAGCAUGAGAUAUUGAUCAAAGUUUAAAACAAGUAUUCAAUGAGAUAUAAGAGAACUUGUGAAUGCUGCAAGAAUAAGAGGGACAAGAAGGAUUUGGAAUACGAUGAGAAGUAAAUGGCCUGCGAAUUUAUUAAGGAAAAUUACGAGCUGGACAUGAGCCUUAAAGUAAUCGUAUUUCCCUCUUAUCUUUACCCUCCAAUCACUAAUACUGUGAUGGGUAUUUACAAAAAGAAGCCUAAACUACUAGACAUUUUUAACGCAAGAGAUUGA